UGGUAGGGGUGGCCGCAAUUAUGAUCGAAGGGGUACUCCCCCUAGAUUCCAUAACUCUCCUCGGUAUUCUCGAUCUCCACCUCCACGCAGCCGUGAUUACUACUCUCCGCCUAAGAGAAGGCAGUACUCGAGGUCUGUUUCGCCUGAAGAGAAAAGAUACAGUCGCGAGAGAUCAUACUCUCCUCGUGCUGGUCAGGGGAGGUCAUACUCGCAAUCCCCUCCAAGGGAGCAAUCUCCACCAUACAAUGGGUCAAGGAGCCGCAGUCAGAGUCCGGUUAAGGAGGAGCAGUCUCCACCUUAUAAUGGGUCAAGGAGCCGCAGCCGAAGUCCAGUCAGGGCACGUUCUCCCGUUAGGGGUCCCAGCAGGAGGCGGAGCCCAAGUCAAAGCCGUAGUAGGAGUCCUGAUGCUGUUCAUUAUUCCAGGAAUCCUGACCGUGACGUGUCCCCUAGACACUGAACUCUCCUUGUGUUGAUGAAUGCUGCAGUUUGAAGAACACAUGUGAUUUUCUGUCAUUUAAUUAGAUCUCUGGGUAUUCUGCAGAGCUAGUAGUGUGACUCAUAUGGAUUAUUUUCUAGACUUGUUUCUUCGGCUUGUUUGUACUUUAGUAAUACUGAUGAUUGGAUAACAUUCUGGAGUUUCUCUUUUUCCAUGUGGCAUUUGACUGAUGUUGGCCAUAUUCACUGGGUAAAUGGCAGUUACUGCCUCACUUUUUCAACUUCAA